AUGUUGGACCUGUGGGACCAUGAAGGUGUAAAACAUGAAAUGCGCCUUUACACUACACCAGUGCUAACGGCAAAAGGGAAAACUGCGCAGUUGGAUAUUGCGGAUAUGGAAUACAUUGCGCAGCACAAUAUUCCCUUAUCCAGAAGUGAAUGCGAGCGCUCUUCAAAGCCACAGAUUCUUCUGGGCUGCGACCAACUAUGGACGCUUCUUGAUGUCCCUUAUCCUCGACACACCUUACCCUCCGGACUCCUACUUGUUCCAUCAAAACUCGGAUACUUGCUCACAGGACGACAAAUGGAAGCGCCACAAAAUACUGAGCAAGUGGAGCGUAAUACGAGCGAAGCAGCAACCUUUGUCAAUAAUAUCACUAAUAUUGACGAGGAGCUGGAAAGAUUGCGCGAGAUACGUCGUAUUGUGCGCCAGCUGGAAGACGUCUCAAUAUCGGUAGUUUUCGGGUACAUAAGUACUUCAGAAAAUCCGGCGGAUGCCGGUACGCGAGGACUUACCAAGGAACAAAUCACCGACCAUUGUUGGUGGAGCGGACCACCAUUUUUGCGCACACCGAUACAACAGUGGUCCAAUCCCACCUACCCCUUGGUACGGAACGAUGCGCCUACAUUUGUGGAAUCCGAGAAUGGACAAACCGCAAAUAUAAAUGUUUGUUGUGGAGAAAGCACAGGACUUGGCGAUCUUCUCCAAGGUAGCCGCUACAAUUCUCUUACUGCUGCGAAGAGAAUCACAGCGCUCGUUCUUCGUUUCAUAAAGAAGCUUCUUCGCAACAAGUGUGAGACUUUCAAGACACGAAUCUUAGCGCAUGUUCCUGAGUUACAUAAUAUCAAAGACUCUAUAGGUCCUUUGGAGGGUUCUGAAAUACGCGCAGCAAACUUAUUUAUGCGACUAAAGAAUAUCGCAAAUCCAUGGAAAAUACAUUGCGACUUUAUCAGGACGAAAACAAAAUAUGGCGCUCAAAGGGAAGACUAG